UAGGUCACAAAACUUUUUUAGACAAGGGGCAAGUUUUGUUAACUUUGAAGCUUUUAUUCAACACUGAAGCAAAUCUUUAGAAAUAAUUUGUCAACAAAACUUUACCAAACUGUUGCUAUUACUCAGAUACUGGUAGCAUGUCAUCGUUUUUCCCAUCACUUGUACCAAGUGCAUCAGAUCCUUUGUGGUUUACUGUUGAUAAACCAUGCGAUGACGAAGAAGAAAUUUCAAAACUGGAAGAAGAACACACAUCAUGGAUGGAAAGCAUUGCAAAGAAAGACAGUAAUAUUGUUCCUAUUGGAAAAACAGCAUCAGAGCACAUGGAAGAUGAAGAAGAAGAUGAGGAAGAUGAUGAUGGAGACGAUGAUGAUGAAAGUGACACAAAUGAUGAUGAACUGGAUACAGACAUGUUAGAUGACAGGGAAUCAGGGGAUGAAGCAGGUUGAAAAAUAGAGCUCAGAUAGUACUUUUAUUUUAACUGAUGGAAGAUGCUUGUGGAGAGAAGCUGUUCCUUCCAGAUCAAGUGACCAUAAACACUUUUAUAACCUGUGCAAUUACUGAGACUAUACAUAUUAUAAUUAAAGAGUUUAUUAAAUUUA